CGAACGCCUUGAUUGGACUACACGUUACCACAUUAUCAAUGGAAUUGCUCGUGGUCUUCUUUAUCUUCACCAGGAUUCUCGGCUCAGAGUCAUACAUAGAGAUCCAAAGUCAGCAAUAUCUUGCUUGACAUAGAGAUGAACCCGAAGAUAUCAGAUUUUGGCUUGGCUAGAACUUUUGGAGGAAAUCAGAUAGAGUCAAACACAAACAGAGUGGUUGGAACAUAUGGCUACAUGGCACCAGAGUAUGCAGGAAAUGGUAUAUUUUCGAUAAAAUCAGACGUAUAUAGCUUUGGCGUGUUAGUGCUAGAAAUUGUUAGCGGAGAAAAAAACAGAGGGUUUGUCCAUGAAGAACAUUCCAACAACCUUAUUGGACAUGCAUGGGAACUCCAAAACGAAGGAAGAUCCAUGGAGUUAGUUGCUAAGUGUCUAGGUGAAUCAAUUAAUGUCUCUCAAGUUCUACGAUCAAUUCAUGUUGGUUUGUUGUGUGUUCAACGUCACCCAGAGGAUAGACCGACUAUGCCUUCUGUGAUCAUGAUGUUGGGGGGUGAAGGUCCAUUGCCUUCACCCAAGGAACCAGGAUUUUACGUUGGAAAUUCUACGCAAGGAUUUUAUGAUGGUUCAUAUGGAAUAAGUUCUAACAGUGAGCCAAGCAUUACAAAGCUGAAUGGUACAUAAUAGAAAGUUGCAUGUACUAAAAGAAAUAACCUCCGGCUAUAAGCUUAGUAAGCAUUCCGUAUUGAUCAGCAUAUGUAGAGUAGUCGAUCUAUAAGAAAAUGUGAACAUAUGCUUAUCGAUCUUGCUACUUUAUAGGACAGGUAUGCGAAAUAAACAGGAUUCACUGAUAAGUUACUAAUCCCCUCUUGGUUUUAAGUUUUCACUUUGUUUACAAUGAUUGCACAUUAGUUGCUUGUAUUCUAUGUUUGGUAAAUACUUGCAGUAAUUGCAUUAAACCCAUCUUAACAUAUAGAAGAUGAUAAAUCAGAACCUGCUUUGAAUACAAAGAUUCCUGAAGAAGGAAUCAUCUGGUGACUACUACAAAAGAUAUAAGACGAACAAAAGGUUUGUAUUCUAUUGAUUCAGCACUCCUAAAAUUCACUGGUCGUCAGGGUAGUCCUGUCGUGGCAGCUUGUCAAGGUCAUGUGUGCUUAAGUA